AUGAAAGUCACCACUGUCCUUCUGUGCCUGCUGCUCAUAACUGCCAUCCUCAGCACGCAGCUCCUCGCUCAGCCAGGGUCCAUCCCGGCUGUCUGCUGCUUUAACAUGACCAAUAAGAAGAUUCCAGUCCAGCGGCUACUGAGUUACAGAAGAAUCACCAGCAGUAGAUGCCCUCGAAAAGCUGUGGUCUUCAAGACCAAGCUGGACAAGAACAUCUGUGCUGAUCCUGAACAGAAGUGGGUACAAGAUGCCAUCAAGUACUUGGACCAGAAACCUCAGACCCCUAAGCAAAUUUAA